UACAUAUAUAUAUAUAUAUUUGUCUCUUAAAUGCUGUGCUACAUAUAAAGAGCAGAUUUUUGGUGAGUUUGAGCUCAUUUUUUUUCUUGAAUACAUGCACAACAGUCUUGGAUGCUAAACAAUGAUACAAGGUUUGUCUGAGAUUGCUGCUAUGUGCAUCGGCUUGAUGGGGAUGAUCGGUGCCUCUGCAACGACUGGCUUGCCUAUGUGGAAAGUCACAGUUUCCACUGGAGAAAAUGAAACAGAGAUGGAGACCCGUUGGGAGGGUUUGUGGAUGAACUGCCACAGAGACACAAAUAUCAGGAUGCAGUGUAAGGUGUAUGACUCCUUGCUUGAUAUCUCCCCUGAGCUGCAGGCUGGCAGAGGUCUGAUGUGCUGUUCUAUUGCAUUGUCAGGAGUCGGGCUGUUGGUCGCUCUGGCUGGGAUGAGAUGCACUUCCUGCUUUCAGGGUAUCAAAUGGGCAAAAACUGUAAUCCUAAUGGUUGCUGGGGGAAUACAGUUUAUGGGCUGCAUCUGUGUGUUUGUACCUGUUUCAUGGACUGGCUACGUUAUCGUAAGAGAUCUACACAAUCCACUGUCGACUAAUACAGAGAGAAGAGAGGUGGGAGAUGCCCUAUACAUUGGUUGGGCGACUGGAGCUUUCCUUUUGGCCUCAGCCUUGUUGUUUACCUGCAGAUGUUUGGCCUCAGAUGGCAAGCUAACAAUGACGAGCUAUUACCCCGUCUCAACCCUCAAGUCAACUAGGAAUUCUCAGAGGAAUAAAACUUUAGAUGCACAACUUCCUAUACCACUACAAACUGCGGCUCAGGACAUGAUGAGCAGUGAAGCCCAGAUGAACCGGUCUGCAUGCUCUCAGAAGGCUGGAAACAUUCAUAUCUCAGGAAACUCAUUGUAUGCAACCCAGAACACAAGUUCAUUCAGUGGAAUGUGUGACCCAGUGGCAUAUAACUGCUAUUAUUAAAUUGAAUUAUUAAAAGAAUGUGAUAUCUUAUCUUCAUAGAAAAAUAAUAUUAACAAAGGUCACAAUUAUUUAUAAGUGUUGUGAUUCCUCUAUUUCCUUAAAAAUGUACUCAGCAGAAGAUAUGUUAGAAGGAUGCUUCUUUACUUUUAUUAAAAGUUUGUUUAACCUCUAUAAAAGUUUGUUUGUAAAAUGCAUUAUUCUUAAUAAACAGAUAAACAGGAACUCUGACCCAGCUUGAUGUAGAUCGAACUGUAAAAUUAUUAUACAUCCUAAGUAAACUGUUCAUUCACUGUUAUGAUAUAAACAAAAAUAUAGUUGAACUUAUUUAAUACAAUAACAAAAAAGGUUAAACAACAGAAAUUAUAUUUUGGGGACAUCAAAGCCAUAUCCCACUUUUUCACCGAGUUCCCUAAGCCUGGCUCUACUCCAUUCCAGCAAAUUUAAAACCUUUCCAUGUUCAAAUGUUUUAAUAAUUGCUGAUUUUACCUACUUCUGAGCUGGGCCAAAAGCAAAACAAAAGUACAGCUCCUGCAAAAGCAGUAAUGGAAAUAUUGGAAAUUAAGUUAGUUGGAGUGGAGUCAUUGGAAAAUACAGCAACAGAUUUUGGAUAAACAGAAACCAGAGGUGUUGUGCUGCCUUGUAUGCAGCUGUCAUCACAUCAAGUGGAAAAAUGUUAGCAGAUAUACCAGAACUGAAAACAUACAUAAACUGUAUUCUCUUUUGGUUUGUCAUGAUUAAAAAUAAAGAAGCAUCUGAGCUUCUUUGUUAAAACACACUUAAAAGGUGUGCCUAAAUACACUCACAUAAAUAUUUCACCCAAGUUUUAAGAUGUACAAUUUUAUUACACAACACAUUCACAUUUACUUUUUUUCCUAGAUCGUUUUAAUGAAUACAUAAUAAAAAAUAAACA